GUUCGUACGGAAAGUGAACGGCAAAGAGAUUGCUAUUUUUAAAGGCUACACUUUCUACUGUAACGAUUAUUGCAAACGCACCAAUGGGUGGAAAUGCAGCAAUGGCUCCUGCAGGGCGCGCCUGACCACCACGAAGGACCAAGUACUUUGACGUUACUUCGCAAGAGCAACGGUAAAGUGAUAGCAAUUAUGGACGGCUUUACUUACUAUUGUGACGGCCGUAGUAAGACCACGAACAUUUGGCUGUGUAGUGCGAGUUCCUGCAAGGCCAGAUUCUCCACUACUAAGCAGCAACAGUUCUUGAGAGCCUUCUGCAGAGACCACAGACAUCCUCCGCCUAAAUUCACCGUUCACAAUGGUUUCUACGUGAAGUUUGAAUUUCGCUUUGAACAGCGCUGGCAAAACUGUGGCAAUACUGGACGGUUUUACUUUCAACUGUGACUCUCGUCAACAGAAGACCAUCAGAUGGCAGUGCACCAGGAGGACGACCUGCAAAGCCAGCUUCAUCACCACCAGCUGUGAACGGAAAGAAAUCCUGCGCAGCUACACAGUACACACUCAUCCGCCGCCAUCUUUCUCUGUCAUAAAAGGAAUGAUAUUCAGAUUCCGAAAUUGAAUUGAAGCCACCUUGGAUAAUACCAGUUGAAUUUAUGUUUAUAAUUGUCUAAACGUUUUAUAUUAUACUAGAUUAUACCUACUUUUAAUGUCAAGAACUAGGUUUUUAACAAGUAUAAUGGCUAUUAUUUAAGCUAAGUUAUAGAGGUUGUACGGGAGACACUAUCUUUACCUGUACAUUGCUUUGAUUCACCGAUUUCAAAAAAGGAUGAUCGCGACCAAUUCUCAAAACUCUCAAUUCUACUGUACUUUUGUAUAUUUGUUGCGGUAUAUUAUUAUUAGUAUUUCUAAUCCGAUUUCAAUAAUUCUUUUUAUAAGUAUUCAUUAUGUAUUUUAUAUUCACUCUAUCAUCCUUUUAUUUUUUGACUACAUGAUUCUGAAUUAUUCAAGCCUUGGGAAUUCUCGAAAAAUGUAAGUAGGACCAUCGCACCUACACUUUGAUAAAGAACUGAGUAUAUACAAAUUAAUUUAUAAUUAAAUAUAAGUUAUUCCGAAAUAAAUAAAACAUUGGAAUAUACACAAUAGCCGUA